ACGAAUAAGCAAACGCGAAUUAAGUAUAAAAUUUUCUCCAAUCUAAUCAAUGAGUUUGGUAGUCUCGAGGCAUUUAAAGAUGAAAGCAAUGCGAUGGCGAUAUUUGGAUGUGGCUGGACAUGGCUUGUACAGACAGAGUUUCAAAUGCUUCGGAUUGUCAAUUCAUAUAAUGCAGGCACAGCACUCGACACUACACGAACUCAAUCAGUUGAACCAAACUUUGAUAGUCUUUCUGCACCAGUAAUAUCUUACGUUAAAGAAAAAGAAAAAUCUCUUCAAGCUCCAUCUGCUGCACCUUCUGCUCCGCCUCCAAAUCAUCUUCGUUUCACACCGCUAUUGGUGUUGAGCGUAUGGGAGCAUGCUUAUUUGACAGAUUAUGGUGUUAACGGACGAGACAAGUACAUUGAUCAGUUUUGGGAAUGUGUUAACUGGGAAAAAGUUGACCAGAGAGCAACUUUUGAUUAA